AUGCCCUACGAGGGACGAUCUCUGCUAGGCUCUCACUCGUUGCUGAACGUUAUCGGUUGCGUAACUACCAAAGAAGCAAGUUGCAGACCAGUUUAUCAGAAUGUGAUUUACAGUUUCUCCGAGAAUAUGAUUUACAAGCUAACCCUUGAUUUCACAAUGAUACAACCAUGCAUGCAGCCAAAUGAUGCCACUCCGUCCGAUUCUGACCCGAUCGUCUUGACCAGUUCGGGAUGA